AUGAGUGACCCGAUCCCCCCACGUCAAUACGUGCCUUUGACGUGCCACGGCCAUUCGCGUCCGGUACCACACUUGAGCUUUUCGCCGCUCGAGAAGGAGGAUGCGUAUUACAUGAUCUCAGCUUGCAAAGAUGGCAACCCGAUGCUUCGCGAUGGCCAAACGGGCGACUGGAUUGGCACCUUCCUUGGCCACAAAGGCGCUGUGUGGCAGGCGAGGCUGAGCCCCGACGCGACGACUGCGGCGACUGCUUCGGCCGACUUCACGGCGAAAAUUUGGGAUACGCACACGGGCGAGUUGCUGUACAACUUGAAGCACGAGCACAUUGUCCGUGCCAUUUCUUACCCGUUUGAUCAAUCUGGAAUGAUUGCCACGGGCGGGUACGAAAAGAAGCUCCGCAUUUUUGACCUUCACGACCACAAACUGCACAGCGAAAACUCACCCGGCAGCCCGACGCCGGUUACUCCCAUUACCAUCGAAACCGACAAGGCGUUCGAGAUUGGAGAGGGGACUCACAAGGAUACAAUCAAGUUCAUCGUCUGGGCGCAGGAUCCAAGUGUCAUCAUCACCGCUUCUGGGGACACACUCCGUUGGUUUGACCUCCCGUCGCGAAGCUGCAUUCGGGAGGUCAAGUUGGAGGGGGAGAUCAAGUCUUGCGAGCUUGUGUCUCUGGCGCGUUCGCACAGUGCUCCGACGGAUAUCGGCGGCGGUUUCCCUGUUCUUGCGGUGGCCGCGGGGAAGACUGCCUACUUUUGGAGCGGGAUCCGGGCCGAGGAUGACUUGAAGCAGAUCAAGUUGCCGCACGGGGUCGCGAGUGUGGGCCUCGAUUUGAAGGGCAGGAAGUUUGUGGUAGGGGAGGACCCGGGCACGUGGGCUCGGGUGUACAACUGGGACGAUGCCAAGGAGUUGGACCUCCACAAGGGCCAUCACGGGCCGAUCUGGUCGAUCACGUUUUCGCCGGACGGAAACUUGUAUGCGACCGGAUCGGAGGACGGUACGAUUAAGAUGUGGAAGAACUGCGAUGGGUUUUAUGGGCUCUGGCGAGGGGGCGUCUCGGGUAACGGCACAGACUAG